CGUCAAGACAUUUGUUACUUGUAUCCAUGUGGUGAUUUGGCCAUGUUCCCCAUGAGCCAAUGCUUCAUCUUAUAUCCUUCUCAUUGCAGCUUCAGUGUGAAUGGGCACAGAUCCAGGCAAUCAUCCUCAACAAUGAUGGCAAUGGAUUUGGAUUUGGAAUCAGUGGAAGCCGCAACAGUGGAGCAGUAGUAAGAAAUAUAUUUCCCGGUGGAGCUGCUGAUAGGGACGGAACUUUGCAGAAUGGAGAUCACUUAUUGGCCGUUGGUGAAGUUCGUCUUUGGGGCAUGGGAGCCGAGCAAGUUGCAGCCAUUCUUCGACAAGCAGGCCAGGAGUCUAUCCGUCUAGUCGUGGCAAGGCCAAUUGAUCCAACUGUGCCCAAUUACCUGGUCAACUCUGCCAUUGUCCCCACUAAAAGUUUAAGCGAUCCCAACGAACUUGACAGAACUCUCCAAUCCGGAUUAUUCACCCUGUCUGCUCCAACGUUGAAUGGGUUCAACUUUGAUCAAUUAGGCAGUGACCUUGGAGAAAGCCAAGGAUUCGACGUCCAACAAUACCAGAACUCUGACGCCCUUGGAGGGCAAAGUUACAUCUCCUCUAGUGGAAACCAAGCCCAGAGCAUGGCUCAGGUGCUGAGCUAUUCUAAUCCAGACCAGUCCAACGGAAGAAAAGGCACCAAUGGCCUUCCCAUGUUGCAUAACUUGCCUCUUCCCUUGACCUCAUCCGGAAUGAGUUGCGGAGGAAGUACGUCUGUUGUCCAGACCAUGGUCACCCAUUCCGUGGCGUCAGGAAACCCUCAAGUAACGGUGGUCAGUCCUACGAAGAGUUUCCAUGUUCCCAUUCCCGAAGACGAUCCAUCCUCACCGAGUUCAUCGUCAACCAUGUGUGCCGAAGCUGUCGUUCACCAAGGACCUACUGAGGGAAGUUCGGUGCUCCAGGAUAAUUAUCCAACGCUCGCCCAAUCUCGAAUGCUCAAGAGCAAUUCUCAGAGUUCCCUCACCAAGCUGAAGAAUGUCAAUCACCAUGUGCAGACAAGUGAUAGCAUUGAAGGAAAUUUUCCUACUGUGAUUGAUUCUAGCGACAAAGACGGUCCGAAUAAGGAAAAUUUGCUCAAUAAGACUUCUCCUGGAUCGGUGACCACACCAGGGUCCAUUCGCUCAACGAAGCAUCAUCGGCAUCAUCAUCAUCAUCAUCAUCACCACCAUCACCAUCAAAAGGAGGGCACUCCCAAAUCUAAAUCGUUAAGGCAGAAGAAGGCAAAUUCAUUGAAGAGGUCGGGGUCGCAUGAUACAUCUAAAGAAGAAGUUGGCCCUAGCCUGACUCCAAAUGCUGGAGGAGCCCGGAAAAAGGUGAUUCGAAAGACUUCAAUGCCAACCAAUGGAUCCGAUCGGGCAUUGGAUAUGUCUUUGACGAAUUCGGUCACCUCUUUAGCCAGUCGGCAAGAGUCAUUGGUGGUCCUGGAAUCCUCACAUUGUGAACCAGGAUCCUCGAAUGAAGUGGUUAUGGUGCUUCCAGAAAAAGAAGAGUUCAAGAUUACAUUAGUCAAGGAUGGGAAAGGCUUAGGUAUCACAGUGGCCGGAUAUAUAUGCGAGAAAGAGGAUCUUUGUGGGAUCUUUGUAAAGAGUGUCAUUGAUGGAAGCAUGGCCGAUAAAAGUGGAUGCAUUACUGUCAACGACCAGAUCAUUGAGGUGGACGGCAUCAGUUUGUCGGGCUAUUCCAAUCAAGAGGCUGUGGAAAUCUUGAAGAAUACUGGAGACACGGUCAAGAUGACAAUUGUCCGUUACCUACGUGGCCUUAAGUUCGAAGAGCUCAAAUUAGGAAUCUCACAAGCCAAUGUGGCCACUCCCACUGCACCAUUGUCUCAAUAUCAACCCGCAUCCGAUUUGUCCUCGGUGCAACCCAACAGCUCAACAAAAUCGCCGGCUCACCCACCAGCUAAAUCGAAUAAGCCCUACCGGGGCGUGGUGGCCUGCAAUUCCGCACACGAUCCACUUGGCUACACCUCUAGUAAUGCGUCUAGCAAUAAUGCCACGGUUAUCACGUCUUCUAGCUCUUCCAUUUCGACCUCCAUAUCAACCAAACGCAGAAAAUCCACAUGUGCCAUUUCUCAACUAACUUCAGGUGAACUCACGCCAAGAGGAGGCUCAUCAGCUGCCUCAGAAAACAAGUCACCAACAACAACUGAUCAGAGGAGUCAACUUCCUCGUCACAGUGUGCCUAACAUUUUGGACAACGGCUUAAUUUUAAGUUCUCAUCUACCCAAUGCCACUUCAGUGCCUUCCAUUAAUCCCUUGAAUCUACCGAAUGGCAGACUCUCCGUUUUCCCUGGAGAUUGGAACGACAGAUCAAUGCCGCAUGAAAUUAAUGCUGAAUCUCAAGAGAGUUUUUCUAAAUCUUCCCGAGUUACUCUCCAAGACUCAGAGGAAGAGAGACUCAAAGCUAAAUGGGGACCAAUCAUGGAGGGAAAUUAUGUCAUUGUAGUGGCCCAAUUGCAGAAACCAGAAAGCAAUAGUGGAUUAGGAAUCUCAUUAGAAGGAACGGUGGAUGUAGAGAAUGGGAAAGAGGUCCGGCCUCAUCAUUACAUACGUUCCAUCUUGCCAAAUGGUCCCGUCGACAAAGAUGGCAAAUUGACCAGUGGUGAUGAACUUUUGGAGGUCAAUGGGAAGUGCCUUAAGGGCUUGUUCCACGAAGAGGUCGUGUCCAGUCUGAAGAAUCUCCCAGUCAAGGUCACUUUGGUAUGUGGCCGCAAGUGCAAUGGACCCAGUCCGAUUCGUGGAACCAUAGUGGAUAAUGUGGAUCCCAGCCAUUCCGAAAAAGCUUUUGAAUCCCGGAAGAUCUUGAGUGGGAGUCUACAGAGUCUAUUGGCAGCCAAGGGCCCUGAGUUUCUGGUCAAAGCCAAAUCGGAAGUAUCGUUGGCAUGCACAACAAGUCACUCCAUAUCCCUGGAGUUGAAUGCCGGAGGAGGACUAGGAGGCGCUGAGGCGUGCUCCCUAACUAAGACGACGACGACUUCCGAGCGAACCUCGAGCUUAUCUCGCCCAGCAGUCACGACCCCACCGAACAAUCCAUCGAGUGGCAGUUCCACAUUUCCGGCCUCGGGCUUUUUGCAUCGAGGCAAAUCAAAGUCUUUGGAAACAAUGCAGUGUGGAGCCAUGUGGUCUUCCUUCGUAGAAGAGGUGGUUCUCAAUAAAGGUCAUAAAGGAUUGGGCUUUUCCAUAUUGGAUUAUCAGGAUCCUCAGAAUAUGACCGAAACUGUGAUUGUGGUGCGCAGUCUAGUGCCUGGAGGUGUGGCUCAACAUGAUAAACGGAUCCUUCCCGGUGAUCGACUCGUGUAUGUGAACGACUCCCGCUUGGAAAACGCCAGUUUGGACGCGGCAGUUCACGCGCUCAAAGGUGCAUCGUUUGGUCCGGUUAGACUUGGCAUCGCCCGACCUUUGGAGGAGGUUCAGAGGACGUCGCCUCCCAUUUUGAGUCCAUCCCUGCCUGAGGUGGAUCAGGUCCCUCAAUCAUUCACGAAGCAGGAUAUUGGAUCUUCCCGAUAUCCGAGUUCCAGCACAAAUGCAGAAGGAACCACCCAAGCUAGCAACAUUAGUGAUCUGAAAACGGAUGAUUGGACCAAUUCAGAGGGUUCGUGUGGGAGCUCAUCGGGUUCCUCGACAAUCGACGAAGGUUUUCGAACUCCCACAACGGUUGGGAACGGCAUGAUGGCCGCAAGUGACCUUAGUAUGAGGCGACUCCUCAGUCUCGAACCUGCCAAGAACAUCCCUAUUCUUCCAAAACUGCCAAAAUACUCGAUCGUUGUCAACAAAAGCUCGAAGCAGUUUCUAGGGGUUCAUUUGGAAGCAUUGGCCUUUGAGCUCUCGGGUACAAUUGUCAGACAGAUCGAUCCUAAUGGGGCCUUGGCCAAGGAUGGUCGCCUACGAGUGGGUGACCUCGUCCUUUUCCUCAACCACGAAUCUAUGUGGAGGGUGACCAGUUCCCAAGCCAAAAUCAUUUUGAGACGUGCUGAAUUCGUCAGUGCAGGGAUCCCGAUCAUUUUCAUCCCAGAGGAGCAGCUGGGGGCCAUCGAGGACACCACGACCUCCAACAGCAACACUGAAGAUGCCGAUCCUGUCCACUCCCUCUCCGAAUCUUUGAAAGUGUCUCCGGAGGUGUCCGUACCCCAGAGACACUCGCCCUCCUCUUUCUUCUUGACUUCACCGUCAGCCAAAUACCUAGAACAUGGAAAAACCCUCCUUUUUGCCCAAAACGACAACCCAACCAAUGCCCUACCACACUACUACCGCAAACCGCAAUACCAUUCCCGUUUCCUGAAAUGCGGUGAUGGCUUGAUUUUCAGCUCCCUUGAUGAACUGUCCUUGGACGAGUCCAGCGGCGAGGAGAUCAUUCCGGAUUUGACCGUUGAAUCGGGGUUUGUUCCCUCGGCCGGUUGUCCGACCAAAUUUCCGUCUGAUUUGAUCGAGUCCUCGGUGGAUCCCGAGCCCAUCAAUCUUGAUCUCGAGGAUGACGUCUUUGUUGGCACAGGCUCAAUUGAACCCCCUGUGAUAGACGUGACUCAAAUUGACGUUCCACUCACAUCCGUUCCGUGUGAUAUCCUUCCUGUUCCUCACGGCUUUGGCGGGCCAGAUCCAGAUUUUGAUCCACCGGACGCUCAAGAGGCUGUAAACAUGGUUCGGGUUUACAACCCCCCUCCCGUGAGCAACUCAGCAGUCCGACCACAGCCACCUUCCAGUUUCAAUUCGGGUUUCCAAAAUGGUUCCAGAAUUAGUCCAAACCCUUCCCCCAUGGGUUCUGCCGCGUCCCCUGGGUUCCUUAAGCAGAACUUGGUGGGUAACAAGAUUUGGGGAGAAUCUAGAGUGGUGGACGUAUUUCGCCAACCUGGUGCAGGCUUAGGCGUCUCCAUAGUGGGUGGCAAGGUUGAUCCAGAUGGUCCAAAACAAAACAAUGCCCACGUAUCGGGGAUCUUCAUCAAGAGUGUCCUGCCCGAGAGUCCAGCAGGCCGAACGGGGCAGCUGUUCACUGGCGACCGCAUAUUGGAGAUCAAUGGGGUUCCAUUGGAAACAUCUGAUCAUACAGUGGCGGUCAAUGCAAUCCGUAACGCCGGUGACCCGGUCCGUUUUGUGGUCCAAAGUUUGAAGUCGCCUUCAGCGGAAGCAACUUCAAUCCUACCUGACCAAAGGAACCUCUUGUAUCACUCUCCACAAAAGCACGCACCACCCAUGUCCACCUCAAUCACAUGCAUCGCCACCAAAACCGCAAAUACCACCACGAACACCAAAACCUCUACUUCCACCACCGCCACAAGCUACUUGACGCCUUUUCUAGAUGUUGGAUUACCUGAUAGAAGGCACUCAGAAUCUCUGGAACCCUCAAAUGUCGAGCUAAGGCCACCCAUAGGCAAGAGAAUCCAUAGUCAAUCCCAAUUUACCGACACCGGACUCUCUCCUACCCUGAACAUGACUGAGAACUCGGACAAUCCCUUUCAGAAUACAAAUCUUAACAUUUGGGAAAGCCAACAACAAAAACAACAGCAACAACAACACUCUGAUGAACCUCCAUCGCCGAUGAUUGAAGCACCUCCACAAGGGGCAUCGCCGACACAUCUUCAAGCCGAGUUUCAAGCACCCCUAGGAAAUUCAUUGGCUCCUGGUCCGGUGGAUCGCCGAGGCUCGGACGCUUCAUCCGUCUCCUCAAUUUCAGAUUGUCCAACUCCACCGAAGAGCCCUGAACUUAUUCAGGCUGGACUGAGUGAUUUGGAGCGUCAAGCGAUCCAACAGAAACUUCAGGCCGAGCUUCAGGCCAAGAAGGAACAGCAUCUGACUGUUUAUACCAAGUCCAGCAUCGAUCGGGGGGAUGAAGACAAGUUCAGUACUGAGAUGGCCACUCAUGUAGAGGUCCCCGUCAACACUGAGGACAAACCAGCUCGUUUGACAGCCAAGAAAUUGAAGUCCCAGGAAUCCAGCUCCGAGGAUGAAGAUGACAAUGAAGAUGAUUACAAUGAGGAGAAGAUCAACAUGUCCGAGAACUUCAAGGUCUUGAGUGGCGAUGUGAUUGAGGCGAAGAUCAAACGGGAUGCCAAGAUGGGCAUGGGCAUGGCCUUGUCCGGUCAUAAGGACCGAAUGCGCAUGGGCACCUUUAUUUGCGGUCUGCACCCGAAUGGUCCGGCAGCAUCUACAUCUAAAUUUAAGCCGGGUGACGAGCUUUUGAAGGUCCACAACACCGUUGUUCGAGGUCGAUGCCACUUGAAUGUGUCCGCCAUAAUCAAGAAAUUACCCGAUGAUAUUCCUAUCAAUGUGGUGGUCCUGCGGAGUGAAAAGAACCAAGAAAAGAUUGCAAUACAAGAAAUUACCCAAUUCCCCAUUUUCUUGGACGACGUUAUUUUUGGGAGCCCUGAAUUCGGCACUUAUUUGUCAAGAAGAGAAAUCAAGAUGAAAAAGACUACGGAGGGCCUCGGCUUGAUGAUUAUUGAGGGAUCCCACAAAGUUCUUGGAAAGGGCAUAUUCAUCUCGGACAUUCAACAGAACAGCCUUGCGUUCAAGGCAAGCAUGAAGGUGGGUGAUAUGAUUUUGGCCACGAAUACGGAAUCGUUUCUGGGAAUUUCAUAUGACGACGCGGCUAUGAUUCUAAAACAAGUCACUGGAACCGUCCGUAUUCUAGUGGUGAAUCCGACUGAUGAGAUAAAUAAACGGGAAGAGGCCAAAAGUGCGCCAUCCAAAGCGGAGGGGAAAACCCAGGGCGCUGAUUCAACCAAAGAAGACCCGGCCAAAGCUGAAGCAAAGGAGACCAAAGCGAAGACACCAGCAACCCUGGCGCCAGAGCCGCCAGCAGCGGCAAAGACCCCGGCCAAAUCUCCCGCCAAAUCUCCCGGAAAAUCGCCGGGAAAAACUGACCCGAACAAAAUUGAUAUCAAAAAGGAUGCUAAUGGGCUCGGAUUGAGUAUCUUGGGAGGCUCCGAUUCGUCUAUUGGAGGCAUCUUCGUGCAUGAGAUCUAUGGUAGUGGUGCUGCAGAGAAAGAUGGUCGUUUGCAAGUGGGCGAUCGAUUAGUAUCUGUUAAUGGGGUCGAUUUUAAGUCAAUCAAGUAUCAAGAUGCCCUUCGCAUCAUUCGAGGGUCAAAGGAUAAGGUGACUUUCAUUAUUGACCGCAAAGAGGCAGAUCCGGAAAGCCUGUUCACAGAUGUUUCUGUGGAACUUGUGAAGAAACCUGGAAAAGGUCUAGGCAUGAGUGUGGUCGGGAGCAAGGAAGGCAACGGAGUCUUUAUUUCCGAUGUGAUUACUGGGAGUGUGGCAGAAUUAAACGGUCAAAUCUUCCAAGGUGACCAGAUCUUGUCUGUCAAUGACAAAGACUUAAAGCAAGCCGAUCAAGAUGAGGCAGUGGCUGCCUUAAAAACAGCAUCUGGAACGAUCAGCCUGAAGCUCAGACGAAUAAAACCGGAAGUGUAAGCUAUCUGCUUCAACCCGUUGACACUUUGGUGUAACAAGAACCAACUAAACAACGAAGGACCUAGCAUUUGAGAAUCUGUGAUGAGAAAACUCUCCUUCCCUCUAGUGAGCAUAUUUAAGUGCCAAUAAAAAAAUUGCCUGUCCCAAAUCAAUAACA